GCCCCGGCGGGCGCUGCCCAACCCCCUCCCGGGGGGGGUGUGUGUGUGUGCAAACAGCGGCCUGGACCUUGGCGCCCGCACGUCGGUGGGCAGUCUCUGUUUAUUCGACUUGUAUUGUUUGCUGCCAACGAUUCCGCUGGCCUGCCUGGUGCUUAGUUCCCCUCUGAAAAAUGUGUGAAGUCUCUUCCAUGCAGCAGAAGGCAUGGAGCGUAAGACCACCACGAGGAGACGAACUUAAGGAACGAAGAAACACAAAUUGGCGCUGAAGUCGUUUGCGUACCCCUAACCCGCAGCGUGUCCCUCGCCGACCACCUCUCGAUCCGUCCAUAAGUAAUUCCCGGUGUUUUGGCGGCUGCUUGUUUUCUGAAAUUGCCCAACCGCAUAGUGGAAGGCAUGCUUGUGUAAUUCAGCUGUAUUCCAAAAAAAAAACCCCAAAGUGCCUUCCUGUCCUGGGAAGAGGUUCCAGGAAUAGACAUCUGUGCUGUCCAUGCAGUUUUGGGAGAGCUGCACCUUGUCGCCAAAGCUGUACUUUUCCCAGAGCUGUUCGGAUUGCCUUGAUGACUUCUGCGCCAAAGCCCCCGUCUCCUACCCCACUGCCCGCUUAUAAAGGGAAUCAUGCAUGCGUUCAGUCAUGAAUCGUAGAGAAUUGUUUCAUUUUGAGGCCGCCGUGCCGUGCCGUCUGAUGCGGUGAUAACGUAGAACAAGAUCCAACCAAGCAGGAUGUUUCGACCUGAUGAUGUUUUCUUCAUACUGUGCUGUGGGGCUCCCUGUGCGUCCCCGGCAGCUCCCCCCUCCGCUGCCCCUGCAUGUGUCUCCAUCUUGCUACGUUUCUGACAGUUGUGACUUAGCUAAGAAGUGAAUACAAGCUGUCGGUCCUCUGUCAACUCCUGAUGUUCUGGAGACGAGGAGUAAGUCAGGAUGAAGCAAACAGGUCAACCUGCACAUGGCCUCAUCUGUUCUGGACCUAAGGACUAGGGAGAACCAGUAUUCUGGACAAACACAACAUUCUAAAAUAAAUUCAUCAGAAUGACACCUUCUCAGGUCACCUUUGAAAUAAGAGGAACUCUUUUACCAGGAGAAGUUUUUGCCAUAUGUGGAAGCUGUGAUGCUUUGGGAAACUGGAGUCCUCAAAAUGCUGUGGCUCUUCUUCCAGAAAAUGAGACAGGUGAAAGCAUGUUAUGGAAAGCAACCAUUGUACUCACUAGAGGAGUGUCAGUUCAGUACCGCUACUUCAGAGGGUGCUUUUUAGAACCAAAGACUAUCGGUGGUCCAUGCCAAGUCAUAGUUCACAAGUGGGAGACUCAUCUACAACCACGAUCAAUAACCCCUUUAGAAAGUGAAAUUAUUAUUGACGACGGACAAUUUGGAAUCCACAAUGGUGUUGAAACUCUGGAUUCUGGAUGGCUGACAUGUCAGACUGAAAUAAGAUUACGUUUGCAUUAUUCUGAAAAACCUCCUGUCUCAAUAACAAAGAAAAAAUUAAAGAAAUCUAGAUUUAGGGUAAAGUUGACACUAGAGGGCUUGGAAGAAGAUGACGAUGAUAGGGUGUCUCCUACUGUUCUUCACAAAAUGUCCAACAGCCUGGAGAUAUCCUUAAUAAGCGACAAUGAAUUCAAGUGCAGGCAUUCGCAGCCAGAGUGUGGGUAUGGCUUACAGCCCGAUCGUUGGACAGAGUACAGCAUACAGACAAUGGAACCAGAUAACCUGGAACUAAUAUUUGAUUUUUUUGAGGAAGAUCUCAGUGAACACGUAGUUCAGGGUGAUGCUCUUCCUGGACACGUGGGGACAGCAUGUCUCUUAUCAUCCACCAUUGCUGAGAGUGGGAAGAGUGCUGGAAUUCUCACUCUUCCCAUCAUGAGCAGAAAUUCCAGAAAAACAAUAGGCAAAGUGAGAGUUGACUAUAUAAUUAUUAAGCCAUUACCAGGAUACAGUUGUGAUAUGAAAUCUUCAUUUUCCAAGUAUUGGAAGCCAAGAACACCAUUGGAUGUUGGACAUCGUGGUGCAGGGAAUUCUACAACAACUGCUCAGCUUGCUAAAGUUCAAGAGAAUACUAUUGCUUCUUUGAGAAAUGCUGCUAGUCAUGGUGCAGCCUUUGUAGAAUUUGAUGUACAUCUUUCAAAAGAUUUUGUGCCUGUGGUGUAUCAUGAUCUCACCUGUUGUUUGACAAUGAAAAAGAAAUUUGAUGCUGAUCCAGUUGAAUUAUUUGAAAUUCCAGUAAAGGAAUUAACAUUUGACCAACUCCAGUUGUUAAAGCUCGCCCAUGUGACUGCACUGAAAUCUAAAGAUCUGAAAGAAUCUGUGGUUGAGGAAGAAAAUUCUUUUUCUGAAAAUCAGCCAUUUCCUUCUCUUAAGAUGGUUUUAGAGUCUUUGCCAGAAGAUGUAGGGUUUAACAUAGAAAUAAAAUGGAUCUGCCAACAAAGGGAUGGAAUGUGGGAUGGUAACUUAUCAACGUAUUUUGACAUGAAUCUGUUUUUGGACAUAAUUUUAAAAACUGUCUUAGAAAAUUCUGGGAAGAGGAGAAUAGUGUUUUCUUCAUUCGAUGCAGAUAUUUGCACUAUGGUUCGGCAAAAGCAGAACAAAUACCCCAUAUUAUUUUUGACUCAAGGAAAAUCAGAUAUUUACCCUGAACUCAUGGACCUCAGAUCUAGGACAACCCCCAUUGCAAUGAGCUUUGCACAGUUUGAAAACCUACUGGGAAUAAAUGCACAUACUGAAGACCUGCUCAGAAACCCAUCCUAUAUUCAAGAGGCAAAAGCUAAGGGACUAGUCAUAUUCUGCUGGGGUGAUGAUACCAAUGAUCCCGAAAACAGAAAGAAAUUGAAGGAGUUUGGAGUUAAUGGUCUAAUUUAUGAUAGGAUAUAUGAUUGGAUGCCUGAACAGCCAAAUAUAUUCCAAGUGGAGCAGUUGGAACGCCUGAAGCAAGAAUUGCCAGAGCUUAAGAGCUGUUUGUGUCCCACUGUUAGCCGCUUUGUUCCCUCAUCUUUGUGCGGGGAGCCUGAUAUCCAUGUGGAUGCCAACGGCAUUGAUAACGUGGGGAGUGCUUAGUUUUUACUGGGCAGAGGCCCUUUUGGGGCACGCACCACUGUUGUGGGGAUUCACUUUUCAUCACUGAGCAUUGUUUAUCUAUGCCUUCUAGGUUUCUCAGUCCAAUGAAGCAAUAAUGAAGUAUUUUACUAUUUCACUACAAUUCUUGCUAGGAUUUCAAGUAUGCUAUUUAAAUCAUUUGGCCAGGUAUAAUUACCAGUCAGUCUCUUUACAAUGAGAAAAUUUAUUGGUUGGCAAACAUUUUAAACUAAAUAUGUAAACAUAUAAUGUUAAACGUCCAUUAAAACCAUAGUGCUUGGAAAUUAACUAUAUAAAUAUCUUAUAUUUACAGUUCUUACAACUUUCAUUUGAUCAGGUCUGAAAUAUUUAGCACUUGAGGAACAUGACUAUGCAUAAUUAUACCUGACCAUGGAAAAAAUAAGUACCUCAAAUGCAUGCAUUUGCACUGGUGAUUCCAACUGCACAAAUCUUUGUGCCAUCUAUGUAUAUAUGUAUUUUUUACAUGGAUUGACAUGCACACACACCAUUUUCAUUCAGUAUGAACCUUGAGGCUGCUGCCAUUCUCCCACUUAACCAAACCAAUGCCUGUGUAAACAGCCUGGAGGUGAUCCUUGAAAACUUGUCUCAUAAGUCUUUCAAAAGUUGUUUUGCAUAAAUGUUAAAGUUUCAAAAUGCUGCAGGGUAAUUUAAUGUAUAAAAUAUUAGAAGUAUGUAGUGCAUACUUAAUAGAGUAGGCCAUAAUGUGUAAAUUCUAUUCCAUGCAUGCUUUAGGUUUUAAGCAUGAGAUUGUACAUGUUUACUGUAAGUCCUUGCAUCUGUGGUGCUAGGUGAGUGUGAGAAGGUGUCAAGGACUGAAAAUAUUUUGUUGCCUAAAAAAAAAAAAAAAAAAAAAAAAAAAAGCCUGUUUGUAGGCAUUUUAAAUAUGCUUAUUUUAAGUGUCUCUCACUACCUAUUACACACCGUUGCUCUGUGGGUUUGUUGUGUGUGCGUGUGUGUGUUGUACAGCAGUUAAAUCUCCAUGCAGAAAAAUAAAUGUCCUGAAUUCUCACAUUGGUAUUUUUUAUUGGUUAAUGUAUAUCAGGCAUGUAACUUAUUUAGGAAAUGUAGACGAUCCUUCUAAAUGUAUAUGCAUGUAUUUAGGAUUAUACUAAGGUUUCUUUCCUUAGAAGCUGAUUGUUUUGGCAUUAACUGUAACUUAAGAAUGAAUGUUGAAUAAAAUACACAGAUUUAUUUUCCUCCUUUUAAAACAAAAUUUCAGGAAGGUAUUACUUUUAUAGACUUGGUUCUCUUACUACGAGACAUUGGCCUCCUGCCCUAAAGUAAUGCCCUACUUGCAUCUGCCUUUUACUGCAUGUUCUUCACUUAGGCAAUUUAGUCAUGCAUUGACACAUUUUAGUACUAGCUGAGAAUCCUAGCUGAGAACCUAAGACUUGGAAUUACACGGUGUAUCUUUUUAUUUUUUAAGCCAAACAAUGCAGUUGUGGUUCAGUCUUAAUCGUGUGAGGAUAGGCUUUGAAAUCCUGUUAUGGUGGUGUGCUGUAACACUGAUAUUUAAUGGAAAAGAGUUUAGGAAAUGCAGUCUUCUACAAGUGUUCUAUAUACUUUUCCCACACUGAUUUUCCAACACUUUGGUGUGACUUUGGUGUGAAUUAGGGAGUUUUAGAAAACUCCUGAAAAAAUUCAUUUUGUCUGCAGACCUGUGUACAGUACAGUGACCAUUACCUUAUGGCAACUCGGUUAGCUGUAGGUGUGCGUUUUCGGUCCUGUUCACUUGCCCUCCUCCCCUGUGCCUUUCCAGUCCCAUGGCAGUGCAGCUCCAUGUUGAAGACUCAAGAUCGUAAAGGGAAAGGAGGGGGGGAUGGUUCCUGAACAAUGUAAUUUGCAAAGAGCUCGCAAGGACUGCUUAUGACACAGAAAGAGCCUCACUGCUCACUUCCUUUGCAUCCCUUCCUGACCUUAUAAACCAGGGUUAGUAGAAAAUUAAAGCAUAGCAAGCAGUAGCUCCCCCACUUUUCUAGGACUAAGUCCAGGCGUCCAUACCACUAGCCGUUGCCCUGUGCAGUGCUCUGGCCACACUGUGCCCACUGUGCCCACCAUUCCCCUGGCCACGCCAUGCUCCUACGCUAUUCCCUGUCUGUAGCCAUGCGCCCUGUGCCUGGAAGCCCUCUCCUCCCCACAGACACUUUCGCCCUGCCAGACUCCUUGCUCCUUGAGCCAUCGGCCUCUCCUCUGAGUCCUUGCUGAAACUUGUUCAGAAGGAUGAGUCCAUCUUUUACUCCAUAGCCAUGUGCAUACCUGGAUCAUGCCGUGCAUUCUAGGUAGGCAUGGUGGUUUGUCUCACCAGGCUGCAGUCUCUUCAAGGGCAGGGACCUUGGCUUUUUAUUUCCACAGUGCAUGGAACAUAGUAGAAAAAUGUUGGAAUUACUGGGAUAAUAAUUUGUAUCAAAUGUCCUUUUGAAUUAAGAGAUUUAAUUAUGUUUACUAAAUGUAAACUUUGGUUUACAUUUUGACAGUGGGAACAGUUUGUUGAUGUCAAUUUUCAAUGUAGAGGUAUAAUGUUAAAAUCGUUUUAUAUUUUCUGGAAAUUGCAAUGUUUGAUAAAAUGCCGCCAUUGUUCUCUGGUGUUUUCUACUCUCUGGAACUCUGUACUGUAACUGACUGGAUGUGAAUGUGAGGAAUACAGUUCAUUCCUGUGUCGGUAGUGCCUCAGGGCUACCACAGCCACUCAUUACCUCACUGCCAUUGUUCCUUGUGUCUCCUCUCCUCCCACCCCCCCCCCCCACCUUAGGCCUACCUCAGUACCCCUUUCCUUGUCUGAAAUGCCUUCUCUGUCUUCCUUCAGUGUCCAGCUCAGGUACCGCCUCUUCCAUAAAACUUUGCUCAGCUUCUGAUUGGAAUUAUGAUGCAAACAAAUGCGUGCAGCCUCUAAAUCUCACUGCUUCGUUUUGUAGCUGGGCCAGUAAACCCAGAGAAGUGAACUGACUUUUUUACCAGGUUGGGACUAGAACUGGGUUUUGUGAUUCCUAAUCCCGUGUUCUUGAACUAUGCUGCCUUCUGAAUUCUCGUGGCGUUUGUUAGCAUGUGCUUUCUUACAGUCUCUCUAUGUGCCUGUUCUAUUUCCCUAAGAUUGUAAGCCCCUUAAGGGCAGGGACCUCUUUGCAUUUCUAGCACUACUAUAGUGUUCCAUACUUAGUCAUGAACUAGACAAAUAAAUGGCGGUGGCAACGAU